AUGAGUCCCACUUUCAUUUCAUUUCUCCUCGUCAUUUCUGCCAUGAUUGCACUCCCUGAGCUUGCCGCCGGCGCAACGAGGCACUACAAAUUUGAUAUUAAACUGAAGAAUGUGACGAGGUUGUGCAAAACCAAGAGCAUAUUGACCGUCAAUGGAGAGUUUCCCGGGCCGAGGCUGGUUGCUCGGGAGGGCGAUCAGGUGGUGGUCAAAGUUGUUAAUCAUGUGAAGAACAAUGUGUCUAUCCACUGGCAUGGAGUUAAGCAAAUACGGAGUGGAUGGGCUGAUGGGCCUUCAUACAUCACGCAAUGCCCGAUACAAACGGGUCAGAGUUAUGUGUACAAUUUUACGAUUGUGGGACAAAGGGGAACGCUGUUUUGGCACGCCCAUAUUUCCUGGCUUCGGGUCAGCAUUUAUGGACCCAUUAUAAUUCUACCCAAGCCCGGUGUUCCCUACCCAUUUGAGAAGCCAUACAAGGAGGUCACCCUUUUACUUGGGGAGUGGUUCAAUGGGGACCCUGAGGCGAUUAUAUCUCAAGCUCUUCAAACUGGAGCCGCCCCCAACAUCUCCGAUGCAUUCACGAUCAAUGGACUUCCUGGUCCCUUCUACAACUGCUCGUCCAUAAGCGACGCAUACCAGCUCAACGUACAGCCCGGAAAAACAUACCUCCUCCGCCUCAUCAACGCCGCCCUCAACGACGACCUCUUCUUCAGCAUCGCCAACCACACUGUCACCGUCGUCGAAUCCGACGCCACCUAUGUCAAACCGUUCCACACCAACAUCAUCCUCAUCACACCCGGCCAAACCACCAAUCUCCUCCUCCGCACCAAAACCUCUCCUUACCCCAACUCCACCUUCCUCAUCGCCAUCCGCCCCUACAACACUGGCCUCGGAACCUUCGACAACACCACCGCCUCCGCCAUCCUCCAUUACUCCACCACCGUUCAACCACUCGGUCGUCGCCUCCCCUUCCUCAUCAUUCCGCCGCCCCUCCCCUCCUUCAACGACACCGCAUUCGUCGCCAAUUACACAUCCAAACUCCGCAGCCUCGCAACCAACCAAUACCCCGCCAACGUACCACUCUAUAUUGACCGACGCUUCUACUUCACCGUCGGCCUCGGGACCAGCCCUUGCCCAAACAACGGUUCUUGCCAAGGUCCCAACGGCACCAAAUUCGCCGCUUCGGUCAACAACGUGUCCUUCGAGCUGCCUUCCACGGCUUUGCUUCAGGCCUAUUUUUUCCGGCGGUCGGAGGGGGUCUACACGACGGAUUUUCCGGUGAAUCCGCCAUUCGCUUUUAACUACACGGGGACGCCGCCGAACGAUACGUUUGUGGUUAAUGCUACGAAAGUUGUGGUUUUGAAGUAUAAUACGUCGGUGGAAUUGGUGCUGCAGGAUACGAGUAUACAGGGGAUUGAGAGCCAUCCGUUGCAUCUUCAUGGCUUUAAUUUCUUUGUUGUUGGGCAGGGGACGGGGAAUUACGAUCCGGUGAAGGAUCCGGUUAAGUUUAAUCUUAGGGAUCCGGUGGAGCGAAACACGUUCGGAGUGCCUUCCGGUGGAUGGGUGGCGGUGCGCUUCCUUGCAGAUAACCCAGGUGUGUGGUUCAUGCAUUGCCACAUCGAAGUGCACAUGAGCUGGGGACUAAGGAUGGCGUGGAUUGUUCUGGACGGGGAUUUGCCAAAUCAAAAACUUCCACCACCGCCAUUAGAUCUACCAAAGUGCUGAUCAUAAAAAAUCACUUAUAUUCUCGUGAAGUCUAACGAAAAAGCCUUGCUAGCUCUGACGAUAUGAUUGAACUUGCACGUCAUGAAUGUUGCAUCGAUUGCUAUUUUGUUUGCUUUUUUUUUCUUUUUCUUUUUUUGUUCGAGGAUUUUGUACUUAAGGAGUG